CUAGCAGUGAAGUGAGAGUGUCAAAUCCCUAAAUUCCUCCCUCCCUGCGUUUGUGUUAUCUGCAAGUCGGAGAAGAAGCAGAAGAAAUCGACUAAUCUCUCGCCAAUGUCGUCUCCAGAGAAGAAGAGGAAGAAGAAUCAGAAAUCGUCCCCAAAUCCGUCACUUCCAGAAGAUUUGAUAGUGAGCAUCUUAGCCCGCGUCUCGAGAUCGUAUUACACAAAUCUCUCCGUAGUCUCAAAAACCUUCCGAUCAAUCCUUACUUCACCGGAGCUUUACAAAACCCGAACCCUCUUAGGCAAACCCGAGACUUUUCUCUAUGUCUGCCUACGCUUCCCUGAUGAAGCUAAUCCUCGUUGGUUGAUUCUCUACCGGAAGCCUAAUCAAACCCUAACUAAGAAGAAGAAGAAGAAAGAGGAUUCAAGUGUUCAUCUUUUGGCUCCAAUUCCAAUUCUCAAUUCUCCAACUGUGGAAUGGUCAAGUCUAGUCGCUGUUGGUUCUUAUCUGUACGCCAUUACCGCAGACAUCAAAGAUUCUCCAUGCUCUAACGUUUGGUACCUUGACUGUCGAACGCACACUUGGCUUGAUUCUCCAAGAUUGCGACUGGCUCACAUCAAUAGUGACUUUAAUGGGAGGACGUAUUUCCCAGGAAGCUCUGAAAAGCCAGAUUCUUUGAACUGUGUUGAAGUGUACAACACAAAUACUCAGACUUGGAAUCCCGUGCCUCCCCAAAAACGAAAACUCAAAUUCGGAAAUAUGGAAGGAAAGAUUUACAUACCCCCUUGUCAAGAGAAUCAUAGGAAGGCUGUGGCUCUAAACCCAAAGGUUUUGACAUGGGAAGCGGUAGGAUUGGGUACGAAUUUGGAUAGGGGUUCUUUUUGUAUGAUAGGGAACAUAGCCUAUUGUUAUGACCCUAGUGGGAAGUUUAGAUGGAUGAAUUGUAACACUGCGGAAGGAGACUGGAGCAGAUUAGAGGGUUUAGAAGGGCUACCUAAGUUUGCUAGAUAUAGUACUGUUAAAUUAGCGGAAUAUGGCGGGAAGCUGGUUGUUUUGUGGGACAAGUAUGUAGCUGCAAGUGGGUAUAAGGAGAAGAUGAUUUGGUGUGCAGAGAUUUCGCUUGAAAAGCGCAACAGUGAAGAGAUUUGGGGGAAGGUCGAGUGGUUUGAUGCGGUUCUUACAGUCCCUAAGUCUUAUAAAUUCGUCUGUGCUAAAUCUGCUACUGUUUGAUUGAUGACUCAGGACAUAGGUACGAAGCUUCUUUUAUUUAGUAUGUCACAGUUGAAAGAAUGUCUUGUAUCUUUUUCGGAAUGCAGUUGUCAUUGUUUUCGCCUUACAAACACCUGCACUCACUUGCUUGUAGAUGAUUAAGCUUAUUUUGUGACUGUCUCUUUGAUAAUUCCUUUGAUGCCAAACUCUUUCUCCUACUGUUUUUUGCUCUGAAUGUUGUGUUGCAAAAUGCCUAUAUUUAUGUGACUAUGAUGAAUGCUUCUCUCAUGCUUUUAGCGGAUAUUGUUUCACUUCUAAACAUAUGCACUCACUUGUAGACUGUUUAAGCUUACUUUGUCUAUGAGAAUACUUUUGUUUGUCUUGCAUAGAAAAGUACUGUUAUCUUUACAUUUCACGAUAAGAGCUAGAACAAGAUACACAGUUAGUGCUUGUUUUGUUGUUUAAACUGAGGCUUAUGUUCAUGUCUUGUACUUGUAGCCAACCUAACCUACAAAGAAAUUGCUACUGUAACAAUUUG